UCAUCUUCACUUGCACGCACCAUGGCUAAGAAAUCGCAGCUAGUUUUUGUGCCUUGUCCUGGCUUGAGUCACCUCAUGUCCGCCGUUGAGUUCGCUAAGCUUCUCGUCAACCGCAAUGACCACCUUUCCAUCACCGUCCUCAUCAUCAAAGCACCAUUUGACCAAGCAGUGGACACCUACACACACUCCCUCACCUCCUCCUCUUCCUUCCCAAAUCGGCUUCACUUCACUAUCCUUCCUCCACAUCCCGUCGACCCUAACCCUACCAACUCUCGCCCUCUUGAUCUAUCUUCCCUCUUGCACUCUCUCAUCGAAAGCCAGAAGCUCAAUGUCAGAGACGCUGUGUCCAAACUCACCUCAAGCCCUCACUCACCCCGCCUGGUCGGACUCUUGGUCGACAUGUUUUGCACUACCAUGAUGGAUGUAGCUACCGAGUUCAGGGUUCCUGCCACGGUCUUCUUCACCUCAAGCGCUGCUUUUCUUGGGUUCAUGCUUCAUAUUCACACACUCAGGGAGCGAGAGAAUGUUGAUACGACUGCGUUUAACUUCAAGGACUCGGGCUUCGAGUUUGCUAUCCCUAGUUUUGACAACCAUAUUCCUGCUUGUGUUUUCCCAAGUGUAAUGUUGGACAAUGAGUGGGCGCCAUUUUUCUUCAACCAUGCAAGCAGGAUAAAGAAAGCAAAGUGUGUGAUAGUAAAUACAUUCGAAGAGCUUGAGCACCAUGCUGUGCAGUCUUUCUCCAACAGUGAUCUCACUGUUUAUCCCGUGGGACCCAUCUUAAGUUUAAGGGACAAUAAGAAGGUAUCAGAAUCAGAUGUCAUGGAGUGGCUAGAUGAUCAACCUCUUUCGUCGGUUCUUUUCUUGUGCUUCGGAAGUAUGGGGUAUUUCGAGAAUGAGGAUCAAGUGACGGAAAUUGCACGUGCUCUUGAAGCCAGUGGCGUCCACUUCCUGUGGUCUUUAAGGAAGCCCCCACCCAAGGGCUCGGUGGGAGCACCGAGCGAUUACUCCAACCUAAAAGAAGUCUUACCGGAAGGAUUCUUGGAUAGGACGGCGGGGAUCGGAAGAGUGAUGGGGUGGGCCCCACAACCCAAAAUCUUGGCCCACAAAGCGGUAGGAGGGUUUGUGUCUCAUUGCGGGUGGAAUUCGAUACUGGAGAGUAUAUACUACGGUGUGCCUAUCACCACGUGGCCGCUUUAUGCGGAGCAACAGCCGAAUGCAUUCCAAAUGGCGCGAGAGCUGAAAAUGAGCGUAGAGAUGUUAUUGGAUUACAGGAACGGCUUCGGCAAUGUGACCAAAUCGGGGCUAAUAACUGCGGAAAGGAUAGAGAAAGGUAUAAAAGAAGUGAUGAAGAAGGAAAGUGAGGUGAGGAAGAAGGUGAAGCAAAUGAGUGAGAUUAGUAAGAGAGCUUUAGUGGAAGGUGGAUCUUCCCACUCCUACGUUGGACGUUUCAUUCGAGAUAUCCUGAAUUGGGAGUGAAUCUGUCGUUUGUGAGAGUUGGAACUAGGGGGGGAAAUGAAUCAUAUAUGUUGCCUUUUCAUUUCUGGUCAAAAUCACUUUCACUGUCCUUUCAUAUCCUAAUGGUGGCAAUUAGUCGUAAUCAAGUUUAUCUUUUAGAGUUUUCAUUGGGAAUACGUAAAGUUCCUGUUUAAUAAUUAGCUUGCCAAGUUUCUGCUUCAACGUCUGUCACCACCGUAUGUGUAAUGGUCUUUCGGUUUCCUUCGUUAAU